AGCCCCCCAACACAUCAAGGGGAUCCACAAUUCAAAAGCCAUGUUCCAUCCUUCUUCCUCCUCGACUCCAACCUACAGUGACCUCCCCAUGCACCAUACACUUAGCUUCUCUUCUGCUCUGCCCACCGCUCCAACUGAAAUUCCUGGCAGUGGCGGCGGUUUCAUCAACGACAAAGGCGGCAUGUUCUCUCUCCCCAAUGUCGCCGGCUCCGCUCCAUCGCCCUACUACUCUUCCCUCCCUUCCUUCUACAUCCACAAGAGCACCAGCUCACACUCCCUCCUCCUCCCUCUUCACCACCAAUUGACUGACCUCUUCAACAGCAAUGCCGCAUUCUCUUGCUCGUCUGCUCCGGCGAGCCAAUUGCAUGGCCCCCCUGUGUCUUCCUCCACUUCAUCAUCCUCCGGCGACCUCUUGGAGUUCAGCUCCAGGAACCUGCGCCGUGUCUUCAGCACCGGUGACCUGCAGGUGAUGAAUUUACCGCCGUCGCCACCGCCACCGCCACCGUUUUCAGGUGACAUCUGCAGCCAGGAAGUAGGCGGCCUGUUUUCGCAGAAGGUGGGUCGUUACAGUGCUGAAGAGAGGAAGGAGAGGAUCGAGAGGUACCGCGUCAAGCGCCAUCAGAGGAACUUCCACAAGAAGAUCACUUAUGCCUGCAGGAAGACGCUGGCAGAUAGCAGGCCAAGGGUGCAGGGGCGCUUCGCGAGGAACGCCGACACGGAGGCCGAGGCCGAGGUGGCGGCAGGCUUGGAGACGGAGGUGUACGGCAACGGCUAUGAGUACUGUGCCUACAACGGCGUCACCAACAGCAGUAGCAGCAGUUGCUACGACAGCCAAUCCCAGUGGUGGGGGGCGCCGGCGGCAGCCGGCGCAGCCAACUGGCAGCACCACCAGCAGCAGAAGCAGCAGCUUGGCUUCGACGGCGACGAUGACGAAGACGACGACGAGCUGUGGGCCAGCAUCGCUGACAUGUGCUCAGGGACCUGAGCUGAUCUGACCUGUCCACACACGCAGGGAGCAUCCGAUUGGUGCUGCCAGGUGCAAGGAAGGCGGGGAUGCACCGAGCGCCGGCGGCGGCUGCCGUGGGUAGUGCGGUGGUCGGAGUGGCGUCGCUAACCUUCUCUUGUCGCCGUACCGUAACUUCGCCUCAAAUUAAAUUAGUAGAAGCUAAGAAAAGAGAAGGGAAAGAAAAAAAAAGAAUAGAUCAACCGUCUCGUGCAAGAACAGCUUGUUUUGUGUGGUCGGAAUUAGCAAUUUAGUAGUACUUUGAUAUCUUUCUGCGAUAGAAGUUUGGCGCUGGUUUUGCUUUAUGUCACACCUGAAAUAUGAAGAAAAUCCGAGUGCUGCAAACUUUUUGUCUUGCUCCCAAUUUGCUCAGUUAGUGGCGGCUCAUGUGGCCGCCCCUGUGGUUAGUGCAUGGCAUGCUUGCUGAAGCAAUUUU